AGACAAGACCAAGAUCGGAGGAGAAGCUGGAAUAACAACAAAAAAGUGAAAUUCAUUUUAUUUGUUUAAUUUCAAUAAUCAAUCAUUUAAUUGUUGUUAACUCAUCUUACCAAAUUGUGUUCCGUUUCUCCCCUUCAAGUGUUAUCAAGCACAAUCGGGUUUCAUAUUGGAUAAAGCUUCAUCCUGGUACAUGUCUCAAUUAAAAAUUGAUCACGAGACCUUUGCCCGAGUCUUCUUAGGCUUACAUGGCUCAAGUUCAACUGGAGAUGGGGGAAACACUUCGAGAAUAUUUGGAAGGUUAGAUCAAUUCAAUUCUCCAAUAGGCUGUAACGAGUCUGGCGAUAUGGAUAUUGAUAGUUGUCCUGUCAAAGAACCGUUUAUUGAGUUUGGCCAGCCCUCAAUUUCUUAUGAGGUCCUCGAUUACUAUAUUGAAAGAAAAUUGAAAGAAUUAGAAGAAAUAAUUGAAACUGAACGAAUAGCAGAUCAAUCUUCGUCUACCAAAUCUUGCAAUUACUGGUCAUCUGAAGGGCGUUUAGGUCCUGUUCAUGUUACAUUUGAUCUUUCUACCAAUGUUGGCUCUCUUAAAAUGGGUUACGACAAGUUGUCUCUUUCUGGUCAUCAUGAAUUUUCCUCUGUGAAAGGAAAUGUAGCUGUUUACAAAGGCAAGUGGAUGUAUGAAAUUAUGCUCACUUCUAAAGGAAUAAUGCAGCUCGGUUGGGCAACCUAUCGAUGUAAUUUUUCUCAUCAACAAGGAGUCGGUGAUACUAGAGAUUCCUAUGCCUUUGAUGGCAGUCGUAUGAGAAAAUGGAACCUAACUACCAAUAAAUAUGGCGAACACUGGCAUACAGGAGAUGUUAUUGGUUGUACAAUAGACUUAGACAAAGGAUCUAUAGAUUUUUACAGAAAUGGACGACAUUUAGGACAAGCAUUUAAUCAUGUUAGAUUAGGUCUUGGUUUUGCCUAUUUUCCUGCAGUCAGCUUAGGAUCUAAUGAAUCUUUAAUUGCCAAUUUUGGUGCUACCCCAUUUAAAUAUCCAAUCAAAGGAUACCAACCUCUCGAGGCCAUACCUCAUGUUAAUAUCCGCAAGGCUGACCUUAUGUUGGGAUGGUUAUUUGCUCUUAUACCAAUGAAAAUCAGUAAUGAAUGGUUACCAACUCAUUUUAUUGUUAAUUCACCGAAUUCUAAUCUCAACAUCAGCUCAUUUCUAUUGGCUAACUUGGUUCUCAAGCGUCUAAGUAAUCUUUUAACCAACAAAUACAUUAAUGAGCAAUGUUUAUUGAAAAAAUUGUUGAUCUGCAAUAAUAGCCAAAUAAUUCAUGGAUUACUCGAUCUUCUUUGGGCUCUCAUGGAAAAAUCUCAAAUUCAUGAUUGUAUUGAUCAUCUUGUAACCUCUCUUGUCAACGCUUACCAUUUUUCACAAUUUGACGAUAAAUCGAGUGCCUCAGCAACUGCAUCUAAUACAGAAUCAACCUCCUUUCAUACACUUCUCGAUGCCUAUCAUCUUUCAUCUCAAUCAUCAUUGUCCUCUUCAUUCUGCAUUUCAUCUCAAAAACAAUAUCUUCUGGUUGCUCUAUCUUUGGUUCAACAUCCUCCAACUAGGAUUUAUCUGUUGAACCAUGUACUUUUUGAUAAAGUUAAGUUUCCACAGCUUUUUAUCGGACGAACUGUAAUGGAUGAUGAUUUACUUGAAAGAGAAAUUUUUCCCAACCUCACAUUACAAAGUCUUGCGUCUCCCGAGGCAUACAAAAUUUUAAGAAGCAAUGAAAUUGAAAAUGCUCUUAUGGAGUUAGAGUCACUUCAUCAAAUGAUACUAGAUACUUUGAUUUUUCAAGACGAAAUCUGUCGGGUGAUAUUUCUUACCAAAUUUGACAAUUUCCUUAAGGAAACCACGAGCAGUUUGAAUCCUCGCUUGAUCUCCAAUGGUUUAGAAGCUCCAGGCUCUUCACCAGCAACUCUUGCCAUUUUUCACCGUUUAACUUCACUGAUUCGCGUUCAAUAUGAAUCUAUGAUCAAUGUCCUACCGAUCAGCUUUUUUGUUGAUCCCAUUUCUAUUUCAACAGAAACCUGUAGAGUUGGAGGAUUGGUUACUCACCUGAACAAAACUUAUGAAAAAGAAAUAAGCAAAUACAUAGAGACCUCAUCAACACUGAAUCCACUUUUGAAACAUGUUUACGCCAUUAUUGAUGGCUUGGUCAGACUUUAUCCAACUGGUGCUCAUAAACAAUUGAGUAAAUAUUGUGCUAUACGAGAACAUCUAUUGGAACUUGCUGAUGCAUUAGAAGAAUUGAAAAAAAUGGAAAAUGUGAGUGAUGAAAGCCAAACAAUAAUACAAAAUACAACCAAAGUAUUAGAAAAAGAAUUUCUCAUUAGAGCUCGACAAAUGGCUUUAAUUAAUUCGACUGUUUUAACUGCUUCAAAGCGAGCUGAUAUCUACUGGCUUCUUAAAUUACUCUUGAAUACUCUAGAUCAUGCUUCUUCUUGUAGCUAUCUGUUUAGUUUUAUACCUGACUAUCACAUUGAAUCUUGUCUUAACCUCAGUUAUGCGAUGCGUUUCUAUUUCGGAUCCACCAUUUCUGCCAAAUACAAAGGAAGUCCAACUUACUCUGGACUAUUCAAUCCUGAACAUGAAAAAGAAUAUCACGAAUUAUUACAACAAUUGUGCAUUUUUAUCGCUUCCCAUUUUGGAGACGAAAGAAUCGUCAACGCUGAUCUCCGUGAAAGCAUUGCUCAGGCUUUGGCUUCUCUUGUUUCUAAUCCUGAAACUUUGCGCAUUUUGGAGAAUAUUCCGCAGUCUAGUCGCACAAAGAUGAUAAAAUCUCUUACUGCACCCUAUGAGAAUCGAGCUUGGGGUCAAUCCAAUUGGAUACUUCUCCGAAUGUGGAAAGGAAAUGGAUUUGCUUUCAAAUAUGCUUCCCCAUCAAAUAUGGCUUUCAAGCUAACUAGUUCACAUAGUAACCGAGAAAUUUUCUCUAAUUUAAGUUAUCUAAAGGCCUGUCCAUCUCCUGUUUUCCAAAAAGAAUUGACUGAUUAUCUCACUGCUAAUCCCGAAGUUUCCAAUUCUUUCAUCUCCUCUAUUAUUUGUCAACUUAACUGGUCAUUCUCAGAAUUCAUUGGAAUGCUUCAAGAGAUUCAAAAUAAUGCUCAAAGACCUGAGAAGGUUUUCGUCGAUGCUCGGCAGCUGAAAAUAUGCUGUACCUGUUUUGAUCUCUCUCUUUCUUUAUUAAGAGUCCUCGAAAUGAUUGUUUGCAACAAUCAUAGUCUUAUAAUUUCAACCCAUGGAAAUGGCUACAUAAUUAAUCAAUUAUGCUCCACAUUGAAUCAAAUACUGAAUCGAGUAACUGUUCCAACUGGAUCAUUUGAGUAUGUGAUAGAUUUAGACAUGAUUGGUCUUGAAUUAGUAAACCAUUUUCCAAUAUUAAGUGCUGUCGCUGGCCUACUCAUAGCACUUGUGUUGCUAGGACGUGAACCAGAUGAUUGUGAAAAGGCAAUCAAUGCAAUCAUAACGGAUGCCAAUUUUCUUCCUAGCAGCUAUUAUUUUCUUAUUGGACAAAAUCCGAGUUCAGCAAGAAGACGCUUCCAGUUCGAACAAUUCAGUGAAGUUUCACCAACAGAGAUAGAUCUACUCCACAAAGCCGUUAAUCUUUUAUUGGCUCGUCACCAUACAGAAGAGUUGUCUAAAAGUGUUGAACAUAUUGAUGAAGACGAACUAUGCACAAUUUGUUAUGCAGAUAAGAAGACUGCUAACUUUAUUCCAUGUGGACACCAAUCUUGCAGGGCUUGUAUUGCAAGACAUUUUAUGAAACAUUCUGAUUGUUUCUUUUGUAAAACAACACUGGAUCGUGCAAUAUUUACAGACUCUGAUAAUGUUUUGUAUCCUGAGGGUCUUCAGCCAUAGCCAUUGAAUCCUUCAACAAACGCAAUUAGCCCAGAAAAAACGAUUACAUUUCAAUUGUCAGUGCAUUAUAUCAUCUUUCACCUUAAUUUCUACAGUUGAUAUCAAGCAUAAAAAUGAUGUUUUUACCAAUGAAAAAUUACAGGAAUUAAGACCCACUAAAGAAAGGAACAGCUUUAAAAAGCAAUCAAGUCAACAAAGAACUAGAAAAAGGGUAAAAUCAAUUCUUGGUUAAAUAUGUAUAUCAUCGACCAUUCAUUAUCUAAUCAUAUACGACCCAUUUCUGAUCUACGCCAUUAAUUUAUCCUUUACCAACUCAUUCAAAAGAAAUUAAUCUUCCCUUUAUCCCUUUCCUUUUUUGACAAAAAUUAUGAGAUUAAUUUUUUUAAAACAAAAAUUUCACUUUAAAUAUUUAAAGAUAUAUUUGUUUUCAUAUUCAAUACUUAAAAACUUGUAGAGAUUCACAUUGCUGUAUAGGUAUGGUAACAAAAUGACCAUUGGCAAAGAAUCACAAUAAAUAAAAAUUAUUCGAAUUUUUCA